ACUAUUAUUUUAGAAAGAGAAAAUAUUAUUUUGGUUCCACAUAUAUCAUUUUGUGUAUAGAAAAUAUCUAUAAUUUUUUUAAAUAUUAUUGGAAAUAUUUUCUAUAGAAAUAUACAAGAUUAUUAUUAUCCCAAUUUUAAUCUUUAUAUUUUAUACUACUAUAAUCUUUACUAGCAUAAAGAUUGUGGUAGACUCCGGCGUUGUUCGUGUGUCAAAGUUGGAGACCGGACGCUUGAACGGUUACGUUUGCACUUUCAACGCUCUUCCUCCGACUUCUUCAUUUUUACCGCUUACGGAGAAAGCUGAGAUUCAUGGCAAUCCCUGCUUCCGCGUACCCACCUCAGUCGUCGCGGGCGAUUGAUUCCGCUCUCUCCCCGCCGCCGUCCGGAGGCGACGGGGAAUUUGAUUUUGACACGGCAUGGUACGGCAACAUUCAGUAUCUGCUUAACCUCUCCGCCAUUGGAGCUCUCACUUGCCUCCUCAUCUUUGUCUUAAUCAAACUUCGCAGCGACCACAGACGCAUGCCCGGACCCACCGCGAUUGUCUCCAAGCUCCUUGCAGCUUGGCAUGCCGGCGGGGUUGAGAUCGCCCACCACUGUGGCGCGGAUGCCGCGCAAUUUCUCCUGAUUGAAGGAGGCAGCUCCGGCAUUCUCAUAUUCCUAGCGAUUCUUGCCGUCACUGUGAUGCUUCCACUGAAUAUGUAUGCUGGGAACGCUCUAAUUGCUGAUCAAUUCUCAAAAACUACUAUAAAUCAUAUCGAAAAAGGUUCGCCUUUGCUCUGGAUUCACUUCAUAUUUGUUGUAAUCAUCGUUCUCUUGGUGCAUUUUGGUAUAAAUAAAAUUCAAGAAAGGCUGAAAGUAACUAGGCUCAGAGACGUGUAUGGUAAUCCUAGCCAACCAAGUGCAAAUUCUAGUGCAAUUUUUACUAUAAUGGUUCAAGGCGUACCAAAAACCUUAGGCUUUGAUAAGACACCAUUGGUGGAUUAUUUCCAGCAUAAGUACCCGGGAAAACUGUAUAGUGUUAUUGUGCCAAUGGAUUUGUGUGCACUGGAUGAUUUAGCUACAGAAUUGGUGAAAGUCCGGGAUGACAUUUCUAAACUUGUUUCAUGGAUUGAAUCCCGAGGCAUGUUGGAUUUGGCCGAGGAAGGUGAAGAAACAAGAGGUGAAAGUGGUUUACUAGAGAGGUUGCAUGACAAAUGGAAGAGAAGCAAAGAGCUAUGGUAUACUCUUUUUAAUCAUCUCGGAUUUUCAUAUGAGGAGAAGUUGAGAAAGUUCCAAGAAAAGAGAGCUGAUCUUGAAAUGGAAAUGGCAGCCUACAAGGAUGGAAGGGCACGAGGGGCUGGGGUGGCAUUUGUAGUCUUUAGAGACGUGUAUACAGCCAAUAAGGCAGUCCAAGAUCUUCGCAAUGAAAAGAGAAGGCGAUAUGGGAGAUUCUUUUCUAUUACAGAGUUGCAACUUCAGAGAAACCAGUGGAAAGUUGAGAGAGCUCCUCUGGCUACUGACAUUUAUUGGAAUCAUCUCGGAUCUACAAAGUUCUCACUGAAAUUGCGUAGGGUGUUAGUAAACACAUGCCUGGUGUUGAUGCUUUUGUUUUGCAGUUCCCCCCUUGCCAUCAUUAGUGCCCUUGAGAGUGCAUGGAGGAUAAUCAAUGCAGAGGCAAUAGAUAAUGCUCAGAUGUGGCUUGUUUGGGUGCAGAGCUCCAGCUGGUUUGCCGCCAUAGUCUUCCAGUUUCUUCCAAACGUUCUUAUUUUUGUCAGUAUGUACAUCAUCAUCCCAUCUCUUCUAUCAUAUCUUUCUAAAUUUGAACGACACCUUACCGUGUCUGGUGAACAAAGAGCUGCCUUGUUGAAAAUGGUGUGCUUCUUUCUUGUAAACCUCAUUCUCCUUAGAGCUCUUGUGGAGUCAUCGCUUGAAAGUGCACUCCUAAAGAUGGGCCAGUGUUAUUUGGACGGUCAAGAUUGCAAAAGGAUUGAACAGUAUAUGAGUUCCUCAUUCUUGACCAAGACGUGCCUCUCUUCUCUUGCUUUUUUAAUCACCAGCUCUUUUUUGGGCAUAUCUUUUGAUUUGCUGGCCCCAAUACCAUGGAUCAAGAAACAGUUUCAGAAGUUCAGGAAGAAUGACAUGGUCCAGCUGGUACCAGAACGUAGUGAGGAUUACCCGUUAGAAAAUCAAGGCUCAGAUACUCUGCAGGCGCAUUUGAUUUCUGAAAGAACAUCCAACACAUUUGAGAAUGGGGUCCCGCAUGAACACGAGUUUGAUUUUCCAGCUCAAAAUCUCUCCGAAUUCCCUCCAGUCAGCAGAACCUCACCUGUCCCCAAGCAGACAUUUGAUUUUGCUCAAUACUACGCUUUCAAUCUCACAAUAUUUGCACUGACCCUUAUAUACUCUGCGUUUGCUCCUCUUGUGGUCCCAGUCGGCGCUGUUUACUUUGGGUACAGAUAUGUCGUCGACAAGUACAACUUCCUCUUUGUCUACAGGGUCCGAGGUUUCCCUGCUGGCAAUGACGGUCGCCUAAUAGACAGGGUGUUGUGUAUCAUGAGAUUCUGCGUAGUCUUGUUCCUCGCAUCUAUGCUGAUGUUCUUUUCAGCACAUGGAGACUCCACAAAGCUCCAGGCCAUAUUCACACUGUUGUUGCUAGUUGCAUACAAACUGUUGCCUUGUGAUAACGAUGGGUUCGAGCCCGGAUUUUUACAACAAGUGCAGACCGUUGACCGGGUGGUCAAUGGACCCAUUGACUAUGAGGUAUUCUCUCAACCUGCAUUUGAAUGGGAUUCAUGAGGUCAAUGAAUGAUGUGAUGAUCAAUUCUGUAUAUAUGCAUUUGUGAUCUUUUUUGAUGUUAUACUCCCAUUUUCUCCUGCUGCUGCUUCUCUUACCCACUUUAAAUUUAUUUUUUUCUUUGGGUAGAUUGUGCUAAUGUCGGUCACCCUAACACAUACCACAUGAUUAUUUGUACAAUGUAUUUAGUAUGUUUAGUAUAACCUUGAUAAUGUAAUACAUGAUUACUUAAUAAUUGCGCUUAAUUAAU